UUGACCCUUGUGUUAUGAGCUUUUUCUACUACUAUUUUAUUAGAAAAGGUGAUCUUUAGUGCUUUUAAUGUAUUGAUCAAUAACUCCGAAUUACGUCAUCGUAUAUGGGAUUGUUAGCAAUUAGCCAGCACGGUAGCUAUCUAUGUACAUGUGGGAAGUUAGCUAGGCUAGUGAACUUGCUGUAAAGUGAAGUAGCCGAGUUACUAGCUAUCUUGUUAUUUGCAACCCAGUAAUGGCUGGAUUACCCAGAUAUCCAAAUAGUAACGGAUCUUUCGACUAACGUAACUCCGAGCAACUCGAUCAGCAUGCUUGUUACAACUAACUAGCAGCCUUCAUGAGCAGGACACUGACAGCUACAGUAUGCCCUUGGAGGUGAGAUGGCCGUUCCCACAGCGCCCUCGCCUGGGCUGGAGGCUCUCGAGUUCUCUGAUCAUGGGUAUGGUUGGAUCCUACAGCCUCUUCUGGACCAAGUACCUAAACUAUAUUACGGUGCACAACCGGGAAGUGUUACUGGACUUGAUAGAUCAGCGACCUCAAGACACGCCCCUUAUUACCCUGUCCAAUCACCAGUCCUGCAUGGAUGACCCGCACAUUUGGGGGAUUUUGAAACUGAGGCAUCUCUGGAACUUCAGGAAGAUGCGAUGGACUCCAGCUGCCUCUGAUAUCUGCUUCACCAGUGAGAUCUACUCCUGCUUCUUCAGCCGGGGGAAGUGUGUGCCUGUGUGCCGAGGUGAUGGAGUGUAUCAGAAAGGCAUGGAUUUCGUCCUGGAGAAGCUAAACAGAGGGGAAUGGGUUCAUGUUUUCCCAGAGGGGAAGGUGAAUAUGACCCAGGAGUUUAUCCGGUUAAAAUGGGGAGUUGGGCGAUUGAUAGCAGACUGUUCACUUCACCCAAUAAUCCUCCCUCUUUGGCAUGUAGGUAUGAACGAUGUUCUUCCAAAUAAAGCCCCUUACAUCCCAAGGACUGGACAAAAAAUAACUGUUUUGGUGGGGAAGCCUUUCACUGUGACACACCUGCUGGAAACAUUGAAGUCUGAGAACAAAAACCAAGUGGAGGUGAGGAAGGCCGUGACGGACUUCAUCCAGGGGGAGUUUCGCAGCUUAAAGUCCCAAGCAGAGUCCCUUCACCAGCGGAUACAGAAGACCGGACGAUAGCCAGGCCUCGUGUUCGGCCUGCAUGCAGUUGAGAGUUCAUACACACCUGAACCAGAUGGAAGACUGAUCACGGUUGCCUUGUGUGAAAGGCUGGCAGCUUUGAGACCUUUCUGCAGUAAUCUGAGCUCCUCGGAGCCAGGAGGGCAUCACGAGCCUGACUCCGUCUGAGCCGAGGGGCGAGUGUAACCUCUGCAUGAACCCCUUUGCAGUUCUACAGGUUAAUGCAUUUUAAACCUGGGUUACACAAAUAUGACCACUUCCCGCUCUGCAGCACCUCUCAGGCAGAGCUGGGUUUCACAGGAACAGGAAAUAGCCUCCAGAAUGACCUUUCCACCCUCCCGAGAGCAGCUGAUCUGUGUUGUCAUAAGUCUUAGAAAUAUGAAAACGUGUUUUCUUUGAUACAUGAAAUAAUUUGAACAUGAAAAUGAUCACGUAUUUUAAUUCAGAGAGGUUUGGUCAGUUUUAUUUCACUGUGGGUGUAUUCUGUAUUCUUCGGUUCCCUAUGUUUGGUCAGUGACAUAGUGGCCUUUAUGGAAUUACACAGACAACAUGAAACUGUAGGUGGCAGAUGCUACUAUGGUAGUGUGCGGUUUGGAUUUCUUUCAGAUAUUUUCAUUGGUGCACCUGGUAAAAUGUCACGUUUUCCAGGUCAAAAAGUCAAUUUUAAACAUUUUAGAAAGUAGAAGACUCUGAUUUUGUGGCAGCUGAGUAACAGACAGAAUGCUGGGAUUUGUAGUGCAGAGGAGAGGCUGCCAUUUGCUGGGGAUGAAUUGGUCAGAGGGACAUGGGAGUGCAGUGCAUCGCAGUGUGAGCCCAGUAUGGAUUGGCAGCAUUACAGUCUUCAGAUUAUGGUUCGAGUGUCCUUUAUUCAGUAAAGCGCGAUAUGGUAUGAAGAGUGAUUUUGUACUUUGAGUGUUAUACCGGGAUUGGGCAUGAGCAGGCGUUGCUAGGGAACAGCUGAUGGAUUUAAGUACAUUGAGUAAUGAUCCCCUCUUAGCAGUGGAGAAAUGGUUAAUAGACCAAUCAGGACCAAGCCCUCGCCAUCCUUCCAAUCAGCUGUCAUCAGUAGAUCUUAACCCUUUCAGUCCCAAGCCCAAUGAAAUGGCUCCACAGAAACGCACACAAACUGUUGGUAGCAGAUGCUACUACAAUUGUUUGCAGUUUGGAUUUUUUUCAGGUAUUUUCAGAAAAAAGAAUGCUGCGUUGCCUUUGCCAGGUCACAGAGUGCUUUUUAAACAUUUUAGCAACUAGAAAACUAAGUUGUGGCGUUUGAGUAACAGACAAAAUGCUGGGAUUUGUAGUGCAGUGUUUUUAGCUGAGGUGCUGUUCUCUGUUCAAAUGCCCAUUCUGCUGUAAGAUUACUUAUUCCUUGGCAGAACUUUUACUGGUUUCUUUAUGUGAAUUAUCCAUAGCACGCGCUAAAGUGUCAUGCUGAUCACUGACCAGUUAUUUAUUCGAUAAUUGAAACAUUUUCAACUGCACUAUGUAUCAGGGGAAAAAGCAACACAUUGUGCUGCUUGAGUUAUGCAUAUUUAAAUUGUUACCUACAUCCAUUUUAGUGCCAAAACUGCAACAUUUUGUGCAAUUGCAGCUCAAUAAAGGGCAUGUCUGAUUCAUAAGGUGAGUGAACAUUACCACUCGUGGUAAGCCGGCAUUUUUAAGCCAACUUGUAAUUUGGCAGUAAUGCUGCACCAUCUAUUUAAAAGCCAUGCACUGCUUUAAGCCUGUUGGUGUUCAUGGUAGCUGACAUAGCUACAAGAGUGAGAUGCCACUAACAUGCUAGGCCUACUGUAGAUCUUCUGUACGAGGGUGUCCCUCUGAGACAGAAUUUCUCAUUACAGGCAUAUUGGAAUUGCUUGAUGACAUUGAACCUGCCACUUGUAAUUUAUAUUCUGCUAUAAUUUAAAUAUGCUAUUUGCAAAUCAGAGACAGAUAUUUGGACAACUCCAGUAACAAUGUUGCUUUAAUAAAAAAAAUAUUCAUUUGAAAUCUGA